AUGACGAUAUUCCCUGGUCACGCUCCUCUGUGUAUGGGGAUCGUUGGUACAUGUUUCUUUGUGUACCACGCCGUGCAAAAGCUCGCCAAUAUUACCGCAGAAAUCGGCAAGAUCAGAGUCGAAAUUAAUGAUAAACUUAUCUCGGAAAUCACAAAAAUUAAUUCUCGUGAUGUUUUAAUUUCGUGGAACGCGAAUGUGGAAAGUGUGAAAGACAUCGUAACCACAACCACUUCAAGAGAGGAGGUUAUCAAGCAAGCAAAAGCCCUCAAGAUACAAAAGUUACGGUGUCCCUCGAUAAAAGGGCUAUGUAGCGAGGAUUUCAUUGCACCAAAAGAUCGUUUCCAUGAUGACUAUGUCACUUCAAGACCAAUGAGCGAGUGGCAUAACAUAGAUUCUUAUGUCACCAAGUUACUGGAGAAUAAUCCAGGGUUAUCAGAAAAUGGUUGUUUCGCAGUCUGUUGCCGGAGCUUGAGUUCGUUAUCAAAACAGGAUUCGGAUUGGCCAAACAGUGUCUCUAAAUACGCCUCCAUGUUACUUUCAAAAUGGAAGGGACCCGAAAAACAACACUGGCUUGAGCUCGCAAAAAAAACCAUUCAGCGUAAACGCGACGAUGAGAAGAUUUCAUCUAACAACGCUGAAAUUCAACAGAAAAAAAUUAUCCAACAUCAACGAACCACGAUUUCUGCUAUUAACUUAGUCACCGAAGAAAUCGAUGAUCUAGCACCGCGUAAACGUCAACGUGAACAAGAGCCACGAACACCAGAAAAUAAAGAAGGAGAGCCUUUGAAUGGGAUGGCACUCAGGAAAACAAAGAAGAUUUGUUACACUGAAUUCUCAAAUCCAAGUUCAUCAGAUUUAGAGGAUGUAGAAAGCACACCAUGUCCAACAACUCGUUCAGUCACACGUGCUUUAAUGGUGACGCCUAAUAAGCCCAUUAUUACGAAAGCAACAUAUGAUGAAUAUUCUGCACAUAUAAUUUGUGCUUUUAAUACAACGAUACAUCUUGUCAAGAAAACAAUUGGAGAACAAGACUAUGAAAAAGUUAAAACUAUACUUCAAAUGGGGAACAAAUUGGUCAUGAAAGAUUCAAUAGUAGAAAAGCUCAAAAAAAUAUUUCAAUCAGAAUAUUCUGAAGUCGAAUCGAAAAUAAUUUCAGAGACAAAGAUUGACGAUAAUCAAACAACGGAUGAGGAUAGGUUUAUGUUCUUCAUACGAUAUGCAUUACUAGACUUUGUCUCAAAGUUUAAGUUUUUGAUGCCAAAAGUCAUGGACCGCGACAUGCUUGAACGAUCUUAUAUCAUUGAAGUCCUGUCACCAAUUCUCCUCGCAUUUCGCAAAGCGUUUCCUGAUGUAAAGUAUAUGUGGGUAGAGAAGGAUGUGAGAUCAAUCAAAGAAGCAAACGUUAUGUUUAUGGGUAAUAUCGGAGAACGAAAGACAGAUUUACUCAUUCUCAGGUUAUCAGACGCAAGAGAACUGUUGAACGUUGAAGUAUCUGGACCUCCUUAUAGAUCCACAAAAAAGCAUACGGUUGGCGAUGUAAAAAAACUAUUAGUGAUGGCUAUCUGCAGUCUAUGUCGACUCCUUGGCAACAAUCUUGAUUGCAACAUUGAAGAUGCCAAAAAUGUUAAAACUUAUAGCAUCCAGGUUAUAGGAGAUCGACUUACAUUGUUUGCUGUUUCUCUAGCAGACAAAAAAAAGUAUUUGGCUGUUGAAUUGGCCUCUUUUAUUCGAAAUGAAUUUGUGGAACAAGAAGUAUUACAAAGGAAAAUCCGUUGCUUUAUUCCAACUGACGAUUGUUCUGAAAAUUUAAGAGAGUGGUUACAUCUACCGGAUGAUGACAUUUCACUUGUGACAGAAGAAGAUAUGGACGAAAUCUUUCUGUGA